CCCAGUGCUACAACAUGGCUGUCUCAGUACUUCGCUUGACAAUUGUCUUUGGACUGCUUAUCUUAAUCCUGACUUGCCACGCCGAUGACAAACCAGCUGAUGGGCCAGAGGAUGCAGGCAAAAAACCAGAGCCAGGGUUACCAAACUUCCUCAAUCUCCUGGGCACAGAGAUCAUAGAGAAUGCCGUGGCGUUCAUCCUCCGCUCCAUGACGAGGAGCACGUAAGCACUGGGACACAUCUCGCUUUUGUCCGGUUCCUUUUGUUAAUUGCACUGCAUUAAAAAGAAUGAG